GAAAUAUAUAUAUAGAUAUAUAGAGGGAGUGUGUAUUAUGGUGGGACAUUGGAAAAGUAAGAAACUGAUUUAUUGUUGGAAGAGAUAUGAGAGAAAAAAAUAGAUGAGUUUAUAAAGCUGAUGUGGCAAUUUAGAAACUAGAAACCUGGGAUCAUUAUUGGAGGCACCCUAGGGCCACCUAGAAACCCUACUUUUUCUUUUAGUCUCUUUGGGCGAUCAUUCAGCCAAACAAAAACAUAUCUUCCAUUCUUUCAAGAAAACAAAAUCUAGCAGAAUGAUUCCCUUAACCAAAUUCAUCUAGAAGUGCACUAUAGUUUCCCAAAUCUUUGUGUUCAGGAUCGAGUUGGAGAUUGGCAUCGAUUUCUCAGAAGAUCUAUCAAUCAUCAACGAUUUUAGAAUUCUACAUUUUCUGGGCAAUUUUAAGAUCAUGGAAGCAUUUGGCGAAAGCAGCUUUUUGAAAUCAAAAAAGCGUGUGAUGGAUGUAAAUCGCUCUGUUUCUGCUUGUACGAGAGUUGAUAAGAUAAGCAAGUUGCCUGAUGAUAUCAUCGCACACAUAUUGUCUUUGUUCCCGACGACGGAAGCGGCGGCGACAAGCGUUGUUUCUCAUCGAUGGAUAGAGCUGUGGAAAUACACAUCUAAGCUCACAUUCAAAGGUGGAGCCGACCACAAAUUCGCAAACAAGAUUGGAUUUGUGGAAUUGAAUGAGAAGACCAUAAAUGGAUUGAAACUAGAUAUGCAUGAAAGGGAGAGAAAUAUAAAUCGGGUAAACUCAGCUCUGAAAUCGCACAAAGCCCUCUCUUUAAAGGAAUUCAAAAUCAAUUUCUUUUUAAGUAAAGCAGAGCAGCAGGUUGUGAGGGAGUGGGUUGAAUUUGCGUUUGCGAGGGGAGUUGAGAAGCUGGAGCUGAACUUGGGUUGGCAUGAAAGGCUUGCGCAGAGCGCUGGUGUUGUGCUUGACGUAGAGAUGAUUAAGAGCGUUGCUGAUUUCAAAUCAUCCCUCAAAGUGUUGUGUGUGAGAUGUAUUGAAGCAAGUGGCGAUGCUAUAGAGAUGUUGCUACGCCAUUGCAAGUUGUUGGAGAGAUUGGUCCUUGUGCGGGUUAGGAGAAGAUCUGACGUGGAGAUUAUUGGGCCAUCGUUGAAGCACUUGGACAUGCGUUCACGAUGCGUCAGGGAAUAUUAUUUCCCUGAAUAUGCUGCAGAAUACAACAUAAAAGUUUGUGCUCCAAAUCUUACUUGGCUUACCAUUGACCAAAAUUCAAAAAGGGUGUGGCUUGAUUAUGUCCCAAAUCUUGUCAACAUGAAUUUCUACUGUAGAUUUCCGUUUGGGGAUACAAUGCACCAUUUUGCAAAGGCAGCUGCGCAACUCCAAACUCUCAUCAUUCACUUAUAUAAACCCCUGGCUACGUUUUCCCCCCCUCAAAUGCCUAAAUUGAAGAAGUUGGUUGUCUAUUACCGUACUGCAUCUACACGUGUUUCUUUACCAGUGACUCGUUUUUUAUGUGCGGCGCCUAAUCUUGAAGAUUUCAAACUAGAGAUUAGUGAGGCUUAUAUGGGAUCAAGACCACCAGGUGUUUUUGAAGUUCCAAAAGUUGGUAGUAGAUGCCCCUGUGGAUGUUUUCCACAUCGGCAUCUUAAGCUUUUUUUGUUAUCCGGGUAUUUUGGAGUGAGCAAAAUGAGCAACUUGGAUUAUAGUAAUUUUGAAGUGAGCUUGGAUUUGGUGAGAUACAUAGUGGAAAAUUGUGUUGUGCUUGAAGAAAUAGUUAUCGGACAUUGUGAUCGUGUUGGAUUGGUGAAGGAUAUUGUGGAUUAUGAUGAUGAAUCCCUUAGUGAGAUCAUCGUCGAACCUCAAUUGUCUUAUUGUGGCCAUGUGGCUACACCUGAGCAACAACAGGCUUUUGAAAAAAUCAUGCAGAUGCAGCAUAUACCGCGACACAUUAAAUUACGUCUUGUUUUUGAGAUUGAACCACCUAUAAGUUUGAAGCAUUAAUUAUUAGAUGUAUUUGAUGACAUUGUGAUUUAGUUUGGAUUGUUGUAAUAUUUUAUUUCUAUGUAUGGUAGAAACUCUGAUCGUGUAA